AUGUUGGACACACUGUACGAGUGGUUUUGGUGGGACAAACUCUGGUUGCCUUCAGAGCUCUCGUGGUCUGACCUGGAAGAUAAGGAGGGUCGCAUCUAUGCCAAAGCCUCACAUCUUUACAUCAUAGCUCCCUACGCCUUUGUCUUUCUACUCAUCAGAUUCCUGUUUGAGAGAUGGAUAGCCACACCCCUCGCGGUCUCUGCUGGAAUCAAACAGCGAGUCCAUCUGAAAGCAGAAGACAAGCCUUCCCUGGAACUCUUCUAUACAACUCAGAGCAAAAGUCCUGCUCAGGCUGACAUUGAUGGGUUGUCCAAGAAGAGCAGUUUGUCAGUGAGACAAGUUGAACGCUGGUUCCGAAAAAGACGGCGACAGGACCAACCCGGAGUUCUGAAGAAGUUCAGAGAGGCAAGUUGGAGGUUCGUCUUCUAUCUGUCUGCGUUUAUCGGAGGAGUUGCAGCUCUUCAUGAUAAAGAAUGGCUUCAGGACAUGAGACAAGUGUGGACAGAUUAUCCCCAGCAGUCCAUGCUGGAAUCUCAGUACUGGUAUUACAUCCUGGAGAUGAGCUUCUAUGGCUGCCUCCUCUUCAGUGUGGCAUUCGAUGUAAAGAGAAAGGACUUUCAAGAGCAGAUCAUCCAUCAUUUGUCUACAUUGGUCCUCUUGUCAUUUUCCUGGUGCGCCAAUUUCCUCCGAAUAGGAACUCUGAUCAUGCUCAUCCAUGAUGCCUCUGAUGUUCUACUGGAGUCUGCCAAAUUAUUCAACUAUGCCAGAUGGGAGAAAACCAGCAGUGCUCUUUUUGUUUUGUUUGCCAUGGUGUUUCUGGUGACACGACUCAUCAUCUUUCCAUUUUGGUUAAUCCACUGCACCUGGGUUUACCCAGUCUUCUACUACCCCCCCUUCUUUGGGUACUACUUCUUCAAUGGGAUGCUUGUGGUUCUGCUCCUGCUUCACGUAUUCUGGGCCUACCUUAUUCUCCGCAUGAUCAAGAAGUUGAUAGUUGGCACACUGACAAAAGAUGAGAGAAGUGACAAUGAUGAGGAAGAGGGGCAGGAAAGCAGCCCUUCAGAGGAAGAUGUCUGUCAACACAAGCCAUCCAAUGGACUGAUAACUGCUGCAAAGAAGAACGGGAACGGGUGCUUGAAUCCUCUCCAGCGGUAAAGAGUCGUCUUCAGUUGGAUGGUGCUGGAGAUG